AAUGGACAAACCCGAAGACGGCCCAUCCUAACCAACCGGAUAGGCCAGACCGAUAUAUAUAAUCUGAUGUAAUGAAACCCUAAUCCCUCUCGUUUUUAGGGUUCGUUCUUCGGAUAGUCUCAGGCACAGAGAGAGAGAGAGAGAGAGAGACUGCCAUGGCGAGGAUCAAGGUUCAUGAGUUGAGACAGAAAUCAAAGGCAGAGUUGCAGAGCCAAUUAAAGGAUCUCAAAGCUGAGCUCUCCCUUCUUCGUGUCGCCAAGGUCACUGGCGGUGCUCCCAACAAGCUCUCCAAGAUAAAAGUGGUGAGGUUGUCCAUUGCCCAGGUGUUGACCGUGAUUUCACAGAAACAGAAGUCUGUUUUGAGGGAAGCCUACAAGAACAAGAAGUACUUGCCACUUGAUCUACGUCCCAAGAAAACCAGAGCCAUCCGUAGACGCCUCACCAAGCAUCAGGCAUCACUGAAGACUGAAAGGGAGAAGAAGAAGGAGAUGUACUUUCCUAUGAGGAAGUAUGCUAUUAAGGUGUAGGGUAGGAUCUACUAUAUGGUGGAUUUUUGUGCUUAUGCAUCCAUAUAUCUACUCCAAUCAUGAAUUUUGGAAUUUUGUUUACAUUUAUGCUACUUUUGGAGGACUUGAAAGUUUGAUUUUGUAUUUUUUUAAAAUUUGUGACUAGUAAGCUUUGGUGCUCACAUCUCUCCUGUUGCUAGGUAUUUUUUUUGUCUCAUUUAAUAGUUGAUGAGGGUUUUGGUUCAAUU